UCAAAAUUGUAAAAAACGACGUCUUUUCUUUGCAACGCAGAAUACUGACGAACAAAAUGUGAUUUUUUCACUAUAAAAUUUAGCUUUUAGUUACAGUUUCAUAGGACCCAGAGAAAGCGUUCUAAAAAUUAAAAAUUCUACCCUUGCAGUGGUCAAAUCAAGUUAUUGUUACAAUAACAUCUACAUCAAACGUUGGAAUUCCUACCAAAACCAAAAUUGCAAAAGCCGACAACACAGAUAUUGUUUUUGCCGAAAAAGAUUGCAGCAAGAGAAUACAUAAUCAGUGUUCAUAAUAGCUCUAGGCUUGAAUGAUUGCAUUUGUUCUGGAGUGCAGUUUGACAGCAUUCCAACUAUAUUACAGUGCGAAUGAGCUUAAAGGGAAUACCUGUGAGCAGUUCGGUUCCCUUACAGUGCGGAAGUCAUUUUAGACACAGCACAGGAAGUGUCGGAGAAAGAGCAUUACCAUGAGCGAGAACCAAGCCAGUGAAUAUCUUCGGAAUCAGCAAUGGGAGAAAGCAAAAGAAAUAUACGAUCAAAUUCUUGGAACAAUAUCUAACAACUGCAAACUACCAAAAGAAAGGAUUAUUGCGUGUUUGUAUGGAAGGACAGAAUGCUGCCUUGAGCUACAAAAGUACGACACAGUUGCUGAAGACUGUCGACAGUUAUUGAAUCUGCUGACUGAUACCGAUGUCGCUGCUGGUUCCGGGCAAGCAGCGGAUUCCAACAGCCCCAUUCCGUCGUCUGCUUCAUCGUCUUCUUCAACAACAUCGAGUUCCUCGCAAAACAAUCUAUCAGCGACUACGGAGUCUAAAGUGCGUAAGCGACUGAUUCAUUCGUUAUACAAGCAACAAAAAUACGCCGAGGCAGAAAUCAUUCUCCAAGAAUGGGCCAACAGCCAAAAUCAUAAUCAAGACAUACAUCGCCAUUUGGAACGAAUGAGAUCAGUACUCAAAAUGGCUUCCGCGAAUUCCUCGCCUACACCGGCUACGUGUGGAGCUGAUCAAGCUCCAACGUUGGUAAACCAAUCAGCCGGCGAUGUUGUGUCAUGCCUAGACUCAUGUGGUGGUCCGUCUUCUACACCGACAUCAACAAUAUCUUCGUUAUCUUCGUUGAACGAUGAGUAUGAACAAAUUGAAAAUAAACUUGAAAAUCUCAUUAUCAACAAUCUUCCUCCGGAUCGAUACACCAAGCAGAUAAAUCAGAUCGAAAUCACCCUGCGAGCUACACACAACAAUCAUAAUCUUGCCCAGAGUUCUACAGUCAAUAAUUCAAAUAACGAUACAAAACAGCCGAAAGAACAGGAGUCCAGCGGGAAAGAUCUUAAUAUCAGCAGCAGUACCGUUGUAAAUGAAAAUGGUGAUGAAAUUAAAAUUUUUAACAAUAGCAGCAGUCUCAGUGAUAUAAGUAACAAUGUAAGUUCAGAUGUUACUAAAGCAGCGUCAAUUGCAAGUGACGCAACAGCGAUACCCACAACGACAAUAGCCACAUCGUCUUCGGAAACGUCAAGCAGCCCUGUCAACAAUUUUCAAAAACAAAUAGAAAAAAUCACUAAUAUUAGCUGUGUGUACUGUACAAUGACAUUUGCGGAUCGUGCGGAACUCAGGGCGCACUGUCAAACUGAAAAUCACCAGAAUAUUAUUAUGUCUGAUGAAGGCCGGGAUUGGAAAUGGCGGCCUCCACCUCGUGGCUUUACAGCAGAAUCAUAUUCAUUAUGUGAAAACUAUCUGGACAACCAGUCAUGCCAUUAUGGCAAUCAGUGUGUUGAAGCCCACGGAAUCGAUGAACUUAACGAGUGGAAGGAGAGAUUCGAAUAUAGAACGAAAAAACUGCAACGAGCAAGGGACAAAGAGUUGUACGGUAAAAGCUACACGGAACAACUGUUGGAACGAUGGGUGCAAGCACCUAGCCCGGAUAAAGUAAUGAAAGAGAAGAUAGAAGGCGUAGAAGAAUCAUGUUCGCAAGAUCUCGUAACGACUGUCAGCUCCAAAGUAAGCAAACGCGAGUGGACAUUUGUGCUAAAAACAAGAAAGCUUUUGAAAGCCGUAGCAUUGCUUCAAGAUGCGCACCGUAAUCAUUUCUUAAUAAAACAGAUUUUUCCUGGCGAACCUCGGAGUGGCACUGCCUGCAAAAAACAAGGACAAACUCUCACCGUUAAUAAAGUCGUUGAUGCAGAUUUAUCAUCUGAUCAGGAAUGGAUUACACCAUCUGAUCAAAAACUCCAUGAUAUGACCCAUGAAACUGCCCCCCUGCUAGAACACCGAGUGAAAGUUGUCUUCAAUACGGAUAUCUAUGGAACAUUUCGACAGGCAGUUGUGUUUGAUUUCGGUUGUGAGCCGGUUUUAGUUAAACAUCUAUGUGUUGAUGUGGUUCCGGUAACAGAAGUAGAUAAGAUUCAAGAAAUUCGGAAAGACAUUGUUAUGUCUACAACCGAAAGAUGGGAUGAAACUAAUUCGGAAAUUAUUGAAUUCACAACCACUAUAAUUCCCCAUAUGCAGACACCAGCAUAUGCAGCAGAUGCUGAACGGGAGAAAGAUUUGCUGCUACGGUAUCCACUACCGAAAGCAUCCACUUUUGUUCUGACGCAAUCGACCAUAACCGAAAAGAAGCUGACAAAGAACAACUAUCGUAACCGGAUCCAUGAACUUUUGUAUGUAGAAGAGAUCGCUCGUUAUGAGCAGAUUGCACGUUACAAUCUUACAACAAGACUGAUGAUAGCGACGAACUAUCUGCUGACUCCCAGUGGAAUGGCUACGAGUACAGCUAAGUAUUCUCAUUCAGGUGAACUAUUUGCUCUGAUGAAACUCGGCAAAGACGUUUCAGAGGAUACAUCCGCUGGACGACUAAUUCUGAAUAAUUGCCAGGCAGUGCUAAUUGCUUCUAAAGAACCAGUUCCUAGUGGCGAAAAAAGAAAAGUUUACGAAGCUGUCAUUGAAGAUAAAGGCAAGAGUAUGAUUUAUCUGAAAACGUCGGCAAAGGCCGUCGCGGGUCUUGGUUUGAAACCAGAUACGGAAUUUAUUGCGGACAUUCAAUUUCAACCGAAUCGUCUUACAUAUUGCGAGUGGCAUCACGCUAUAGACAAAAUUGCCGACUUUAGAAUUAUAUUCCCUGACAUCUAUUUAGAACCAAGCAUACCGUGGACACCACAACGUCAAUGGGAUGUUUCGCUUGAUCCGAAACUAAACUCUAAACAGAAAGAAGCAGUCGUUGCAAUAACCACUCCGAUAGAGGUAGCUUUACCGCCCAUUUUGCUGAUCGGUCCAUUCGGUACAGGCAAAACCUAUACGCUGGCCCAAGCAAUUAAGCAACUUUUGUUGCAACCGGAAUCAAAAAUAUUAAUUUGUACCCACUCCAAUUCGGCCGCUGAUUUGUAUAUUAAGGACUACCUUCAUCCCUGGGUUGAAGAAGGAAUGGAAGAGGCAAAACCGUUACGAGUUUACUAUCACAAACGUUGGGUAGCGACCGUCAACAGCAUUGUCCAGAAGUACUGCCUAAUUGACCUUAACAUCAACGUACGCAAUUUUCGCCGACCAACAGUCGAAGACAUUCUUCGAUAUCGUAUCGUAGUGGUGACGCUGAAUAUCUCGAUGGAGCUGGCAUCGCUAGAUUUACCGAAAGGGCAUUUCACUCAUAUCUUUCUAGACGAAGCCGCUCAGGCGAUGGAAUGUGAGGCUAUCAUGCCGUUGGCGCUAGCCACUGAGAAAACUAGGAUUGUUCUGGCUGGAGAUCACAUGCAAAUGUCCCCUGAAUUGUUUUCCAACUUUGCAAAAGAACGUAAACUGCACAUUUCGCUGCUCGAACGAUUAUAUGACCAUUAUCCAAACGAUUUUCCGUGUAAGAUACUGCUGUGUGAAAAUUAUCGUGCUCACGAGGCGAUCAUCAAAUUUACUUCGGAGUUGUUUUACGAACAGAAAUUAAUCGCUUCCGGUAAACAGCCCAGACAUGAGAAGUUCUAUCCUCUAACCUUUUUCACUACCAGAGGUGAGGAUGUUCAGGACAAAAACUCCACCGCCUUUUACAAUAACUCAGAGGUAUAUGAGGUUGUAGAGCGUGUUUGCGAACUACGAAAGAAAUGGCCCAGUUCAUGGGGCAAGAUCAAUGACCAGAGUAUUGGAAUUAUGACUCCGUAUGCCGAUCAAGUCUUUCGUAUUCGAUCUGAACUUAGAAAACGCCGAAUGGGUGGUAUCAGUGUGGAAAGAGUGUUGAAUGUGCAAGGAAAACAGUUUCGGGCAAUUUUUCUAUCCACUGUAAGAACUCGGCGAACCUGUAACACGAAUGCUAGCGAAGUAGGUAGUGUAUCCGAAGACGUAGAUUACGGAUUUUUGAGUAAUUCUAAAUUACUAAAUACGGCUAUUACCCGAGCGCAAAGUUUGGUAGCGGUGGUGGGAGACCCGGUCGCCCUGUGUUCGAUAGGCCGCUGUCGAAAGGUGUGGGAACGAUUUAUUGAGAUAUGCUAUCAAAACAAAAGCCUUUUCGGGAUAACUUGGUCAUUAUUAAGGUCUCAACUUGAUGGCGUUGAAUUGAAGAAAACUUACGUGCUGAAUCCACUGGCACCAGAAUUUAUCCCGCGAGCUUUACAAGCUGAAGCGUACCUAAGAGAACAAGCGGCAAACGUUACUAACCAGUACCAUCAACAGCCUCCACAUCAUGUCCAGCAUGCAAACAACUUCCACCACCAAACAGGUCAAAAUUUUACCGGUAAUCAUGGCGUUUCUACGGGUGGCAUGAUUCGGCAGAUAGCGCCUCCAAUGCAACAACCGCCAACCCCUUACCUUGGUCAUGGCCCGGGCCCCGGAUCACAUUCUGGCCAUCCUCCCAUACCACAGCAAUCUCAGCAACAAUAUCCCUAUCAAAAUCAUAUGUUCUUUUAUCAGCAACAACAACAGCAGCAGCAGCAACAACCUCAACAACAACCAAUGCGCGGGCCGCCCCCUCACCCAAACGCUCUAGGGCCACCUGUACCUCAAAGUAUCCAACAGGGUGGACCGUCUGCUUUUCAACAGAACAAUCCAACAAAUUUGUGGAAUACGUCAAACACUACUGGUCAUUUUCCAAUGGUUCCAUCCCCUGGCGGACGAAAUACGCCACCUGGAUGGCGGCUUCCACAGAAAAAUACAGUUCAACAAGUUCGUCCUCAACUGCCGCAGCAUCAACACUUGCCUUUAGCUGCAAGUGGACGGCCUUUGAUUCCACCACCCAUGCGAAGCCCCGUAUCGCAACAGCAGCAGCUAUCGGCUGUUCCACCGAUGCCUUAUUUACAACAACAGCAAAAUAAAACUCUUCAAAGCUAUGGCCCGUUCCCACAUCACCAACAGCAUCCUCCUAACUUAAAUCACCAUCAUCAACCACAACAGCCACAACAACAACAGCAACAACAGCAGCAGCAACAACAAUCACAUCAAAUGCAUCAAAGUCAUAUACGUCCAAUACUAGGAGGUCCAAUCAGUCCCAGUUCCUACCAACAACAGCAGCAGCAACAGCCCUCUUCGUUGUACUCUCAGCUAGAUCCAUAUCUGUCGAACCUUUCCAAUGACCUCAUGGCCUCAAUAACAGUGCGUGCAUCUCAAAUGCAACUGCCUCCAGCGCAUUCACAACAAACAAUGUUACAUCAAGCAACAGCGAAAACUUUAAACCCACUUAGACUUGAUGAUCGUCACGCUAUGGAUAAGGAUAUUCAAUUCCUACAAAAUGUUCACAUCCCCGAAAAAUUUGGACAAAUGUCACAGCCUGCAUCGCUACAACAACACCCGAAUCAGCAUCAUUCCAACAACACAGCUGUCACUGCAGAUUUUAAUCAUUUGCUGCCACCGAAUAUGAGUUUCCUGGAUGUAGCUCUCCAGUCGAAAGAAUUUCAGUAUACAUGGUUUAUUAGGCUUGUCGAAACACAAGGGUUAGAAGCAGCUAACAAAUUUAACGAUAUACUACGACAGGUUCCAACGCUAGCAUCUUCAACUUCCCAACCACAACCACAACAACAACAUCAAAUCCAAAAGAAAAUAAAUCAGCCAAUGCCAUCUCCAGCGGAACUACUAUUGGACAAUAUUCUGAACAAAGAUAUUCUUGGAUCAAAUAACAUGCAGCAUCCAACCACAAUGCUACAUCCACAACAGAAUAUCGGUUCAGCUCUUACUAAUGGAAAUGCACUUCUUGGUUCAAAUAACUCUAAAGGAUUACUAGAAAGUGUCGAUUUAUUCGGAAACCUAUCUUCUUCGCUGACACCUACGGAGUUGCCUCAACUAAUCAAUUCAAAUCCGGCAUCAUCGACCCAACAGUCUGUACCCCUUUACCGCCGCCAAGCUGGUCAAAAUUAUCAGAAUAGUGCUGGUUCAUCGUCUACUGCUCAAUCCAUAACAUCGUCUACGCCAGAUUUGCUAGAUAACCACCUGCAACAAUCACUUUUCGAUGCUAUGGAAGGAAAAUUACAUCCGAACAAUAGCAGCAAUGCCAAUAUGCUAUUUGGUAGCACGCAAAACCAGAACCAGUUUGCUGCCGCUGAUCAAGCCAACGGUUUCCAGGGAUUCGCUUCCAUAAACAAUAUUGCAGCCAGUUUGAUACAACAACAUAACUUGAAUAAUCGUGAAUUAUUGUUGCAUCAAUUACAACAACAGCAACAGCAACAACAUCAUCACCAUCAUCAGCAGCAUCAUUUGCAUGAUAACCGAAAUGUAAACACAAGCACCGUGGAAGAAUUGUUGAGUCGACAGAAUCAAACCUACGCCAGUGUGCUUAGCCAGGGAGGAAAUCUUGCACAAAGCGCUAACAAACAACUUGGAGCGCCGAAAGAUGGUAAUAGUUUGGAUGGUGGAGCUGUGUCCAACUCCGGUGCCGGUGAUCCUUUUGCAGCACUCCGGGAGCUUGGUCGAAAAAGUAAUGGCUUCUACAACUACUUUCAGUGAGCAUGGAAACCAGUUUUGACAAGAGGAGGAGAGAGUAUGACUUCAUUCUAUCCUGCAUGGAAGAAACACAGAAUGGAACAGCAGUAGGAAUGUUAUUGGAUUAAGCAAAUUGUAUGAAGUUUUCAAUCGAAAAACAUAAAAAAAAACAAAAAAAAAGGAAAAAAUAUUAAAAACCCAAAAAGUUAUGUCUACUUAUAUUUAUCUAAAACACGUAUAUAACAUAUUAUAAUUAAUAAUUUAUAAAAAACAAAAUAAAAAAGAAACAUAAAG